CCCCCCCCCCCCCCCAAGGACAGGCUCGAUCUAACGCCUCGGAGCUGGGAAAAGAAGGUGAUAAACUCUGAAGAUCCGACAAGUCAGCAGAGCCUUUUUCAGGCGAUUAGCGGCAUCGUGCUGGUCGUCAACCGUGCCAGCGGCACGCUGGUCAGUGGUCUAACUCUGUUGUUCGCCUCGACCUGCCUGGGAUGCGGGCUUCAACCUACACCCUCCGCUACUUGUGGCCUUUGAUAGCUGCAGCGGUCGUUGAAGCAGUAAUCUCGCCCAAGGUCUUCAUCAUCGCCUUCUAUGGCGACGAAGGAAACGCCUGGCUUGAUAUUCCUGAUUUCAACCUCCUUGCGCAGAACAUCACAGUUCCAGGCGUAUCCGUGAAGUUCCCCGACGUCCACUGCACGGAGGACGGUUCGAUAUGUCAGCUAGUUGCAGGCGAAGGGGAGAUCAAUGCUGCCAUAAGCGCGUUCUCUCUCGUCGUAUCGCCGCUUUUCAAUCUCACCAAUACCUACUUCCUGCUCGCUGGAGAUGGGGGCAUCAACCCCAAGGUAGCAACCAUCGGAUCUGUCGCCUUUGCCCAGUUCGCCGUGCAAGUGGCGCUGCAAUACGAGAUCGACGCUCGCGAGAAACCCGACAACUUCUCGAGCGGGUACAUCCCGCAGGGCUCCACGUCCACCGACUCGUACCCGCGGUAUAUCUACGGCACCGAGGUGUUCCAGCUCAACGAUGCACUGCGUCAGCACGCCAUGGCCUUCGCACGGACAGCGACGCUCACGGACUCGCCCGUUGCGCAGGCCUACCGUCAGCAGUACGCCAACGUGCCCGAGUUCGCACCCGCCCUCGCGCCGCCGGCCGUCGUGGGUUGCGACACCGCGACGUCGGACAACUGGUGGAGCGGUGCGCUCCUCGGCGACGCGUUCGCGCACUUCACGACGCUGGUCACGAACGGCUCGGCGACGUACUGCACGACGCAGCAGGAGGACAGCGCAGUGCUCGAGGCGCUGCUGCGCGGGCAUCUCCUGCGCCGUGUCGACUUCGGCCGCGUGCUGCACAUGCGCACGGGCUCCGACUUCGAUCGCCCGGGUCCUGGCGUGAGCGUCGCAGAUAACCUGUUCUACGCCCAGGGCGGCUACGGGCCCGCCUUGCGCAACCUGUACCUUGCAGGCGUCAAGGUCGUGAAGGGCAUCGUCGACGACUGGGAUGCGACCUUCGCGGCAGGCGUGCGGCCAAAGAACUACAUUGGCGAUGUAUGGGGCUCGCUCGGAGGGGACCCGCCUUUCGGGCCUGGGAGCAUAUUCAAGGGCAAAGGAGCCAUUGCAUUGCCAAUUCGUGAAUGGAUGCGCGACAUGUCGACUUCAGCAUGA